CGAGCGGCGCGGGGAGGCGGAGGGCCCGCUCUGGAUGCGCACUCUCACGGAUGCUUGCUGCAGGAUUGGCCCGGCGGCUCCGGAGCGCUUCCCGCUGUGUGCUCGGGUGGACGGGGCUUUUCUCGGCUGAUUCUUCCAUCUGGAUCUGGAAUCCAGCGCGGGUCACCAUGCGGCUCUCCCGGGAGACUGCCCCGGCCGUGCCCAGGCAGCUUGUGAUCGGUGCCCGGUGAGAGGAGGACAAUGAGCGGCGAGCAGGAGCCAGAUGACAGUUAUGCACGGGUGCGAGCUGUGGUGAUGACCCGGGAUGACUCGAGUGGCGGGUGGUUACCGCUUGCAGGAGGGGGACUCAGCUGUGUCACCGUGUAUAAAACGUCCCACCCCGAGGAGAACAGGAGUGCGGACUUUCUUGUCCAUGGAGAGAGACUCCGAGACAAAACGGUGGUCCUGGAGUGUGUUCUGAAGAGGGAACUGGUCUAUAAUAAAGUCACCCCUACUUUCCACCACUGGAGGAUUGGAGACAAGAAGUUUGGCCUCACAUUCCAGAGUCCAGCAGAUGCAAGAGCCUUUGAUAGGGGAAUACGCCGUGCCAUUGAAGACCUCACUCAAGGUUUUCCCACAUCUCAUGGGGAAUCAGAUGUUGGAUCAGAGGAAGGAUCUCAGAUGAACAAAGAAGAACAUUGCAGCACUCAGACCAUCGACUCCUUUUUCCAUCGUGACUCCAUUCCAACGGAUGAACUAUAUCGCAGCUCUGCCAUAAGACCUUCUCCAUUUGAGAACCUUAAUCCCAGAAGAGCCUAUAUGCACACCCAGGUUCCUCUAAAGCCCCUCCGCCACGUCAGCUUCCAGGAUGAAGAUGAGAUUGUGCGCAUCAACCCUCGUGACAUCAUCAUUCGACGCUACGCGGACUAUCGCCACCCUGACAUAUGGAAGAGUGACGCCGAGCACGAGGAACAUGAGAUAAGUGCUCCUUUUACCAAGGCGGAUAAUAAAAAAAACAACUAUCUUUAUUCUCCUGCUAACGGCAGAGACUCGCUUAAGGAGCAAAAAACAUCUGGCGUUUUUAAGACUCAGCCAACAUCCUCUCUGAAAAAGCGGAGGAAAGAGGAUGGAGAACGCUCCCGGUGUGUGUACUGCCAGGAGCGCUUCAACCAUGAAGAGAAUGGGAGGGGAAAGUGCCAGGAUGCUCCGGAUCCUAUCCGGAGGUGCAUCUAUCAGGUCAGCUGCAUGCUGUGUGCCGAGAGCAUGCUCUACCACUGCAUGUCAGAUUCGGAAGGAGACUUCUCUGACCCCUGUUCUUGUGAUGCCUCUGAUGAGAACUUGUGCCUGCGCUGGCUGGCUCUAAUCACUCUAUCCUUCAUCGCCCCCUGUAUGUGCUGCUACCUCCCUCUACGAGCCUGUCACCACUGUGGGGAGAUGUGCGGCUGCUGCGGGGGUAAGCACAAAGCAGCUGGAUGACACGGCGACUCCGCAAACCCCAGGAAGAAUUCCUUCAUUUGCCAGGUGGCUGCUGGAACCGACAUGAGCCGUUUUCGGUGAUACCGUUAAGUGGAUCAUAUGAGGUGGACUGAACCCCCGUGGGGGACUAUCUGCGUUCAGAUAGGACCAGCGAGAAUAUGUAACAGUGCCAGUCUUGCAUUAGAUAUAUAUAAAUAUAUAAAUAUAUAUAAAUAUUAUUUUAUUUUUUUCCUUUUUGUAAUUAAUAUUAUUUUAUUUUUUAUUUGCCAUUCCGGUAUGAAUGCAGAUUAUUCAAUCAUCUUGUAACCUAUGACCUACAAGACGUCCCACGAGAUAAGAGUGUUUGUGGAAUGGAGGGAAACUGAAUGUUUAUUGGGAGAGAGCGGAGGUGUGGGGAAUUCUAGAACAAAGAUGGAGAAAUCUAUAGAUCUGUAUGUAUACUGUUCCACGCCCCCAUCUGCUCUCCUCGCAGGUUAAUAAUAAUUCUGGGACUGAACUAACAGUGUGGAUUGGAUGACCUACAAAUACACAGUAUCUGAAUGAAUUUUUAGUGGAACGAAAUAAUUUCUAGUUUUAUUCAAGUGAUUUUAUGUAUAAAUAACAAAUGUCUAUAUUUAACUAAAUGUACGGUACAAGAAAAUUUUAUGAAUUUUUGGGAGAAAAGUUUCUUACCCAGCUUCCCUUUUGUUUGCCUUUUGACAUUUGGGACAUUCCGGUUUUAGGGCUGAGUCUUGCUGCUGUGUAGGGUGACCAGUAGUGUCUCCGGCAGCUGAAUGGUUAAACCAAGCUGUUUAUCAAUGUAUUGGUUUUUAUUUUUUCCUGAUGGUUUAUUGUUUAUUCCGCUUUUUAUCUGUUUCUCCAAUCUACCUGUGUUAUGUCACAUUAUUUAUACACUCUGGUACAUAGAAUAUAACACAAGUGUC